AUGUUGUUUCGGCAGGAGCUGAGCCAGGUGGUGUGGCCCAUUCGCCUUCAACGGGUGAAUCUCGGAGGGUUCACCGAGUCCAUGGUCGGGAUCUCGUGGCCAGAGUCUCUGACACACCUUUCCGUCGGCGACUCAUUCAACCAGCCCAUCACUGGACAACAUUUUCCCGACGGCCUGCAGCAACUUGCUUUUGGGAUGAGAUUCAACCAGCAGCCCGCUGUCGGCACACAAUGGCUCGACGGCCUGCAAGAGUUGUCUUUCGGACCGGAAUUCGAUCAGGAGAUGAGCGAGGUCGUACUUCCAACCUGCCUUCAACGGUUGAAUCUCGGAGGGUUCAACCGGUCCAUCGCAGAGGUUUCGUGGCCUGACUCCUUGCUGGAGUUCACGGCCAAAGGGCAGUCCCGACCAUCGGCACCUGCGGCGAACUCGACAGCCCAGGCCGAUUGGGACAAUGCCAACGGUCGCCUCUACUCCCUCCUCUUCUUCGUGACCUCCGGGUCUGCGCAGCUGACCGUCCGUGCUCAUGAAGGGACGGCGGCGAACACCAUGGGGAAUGGGGCGGAGGCCUGGAACGCUCUCAACGACCGUUUCGAUGCGCAAACCCAGGAAGCUAGGCGAGCAUGUCACAACGAGCUUUUCAACCUGAGACACCUUCCGGGCGGUGAUCCCAUCGACUUCUUCACGAAGAGCUGGGACCUGAAGCUUCGCCUGCGGGGCUUGGGAGAGAAGAGUCCUUCCAACCAAGCGAAGAGGAAGGGAAAAAACAAGAAAGGCGGUGGGAGUGCUCAGCCAAAGUGGUGCGCCUACCACAAAACUACGACACACAGCGACGCUGAGUGUUUGAAACAGCAGAAGUUACGCGAGAGCAAGCAGAAGGAGCUACAAGGGUUGGCCGCUAAUUUGGCGCUGCUACAGUCCGCUGCCCAAGGACGCCUCUCCAACGUGGGGAGCGCCCACCUGGCGCACUCGUCGUCCCCGGCGGCGGCAACACAGGCUCCGGCAGGUACACCUUCAUUCGGGUUCUCCUUCAGCGCCCUCGCUGCUUCCCUGGCUGACACCGCCUCGUCGUCUGCCCCUUCCCAGACGCCUCCGGCGGCGUCUGCCGCCGCUCAGGCGGUACCUACAACUACCUCAUCAUCGUCGCCUGCACAGGACCACCGCUUGCCCGAAGGGUUUUUCGGUGCGUUCAUGGCGACCGCUGCCGAAUUUUCGGCGGCUCUCUUCCGUUCCGACGGAUCAUCCGUCCGGAUACUGGUGGACAGCGGAGCCACCGACAACUAUAUCGACCCUGAGCUUUUGCCAGGCGUGCGAGAACACAUGUACGACAUCAGAGAAAUUCGGCCUCCAUUCGCGGUGGUCGGCAUUGGCCAUUACACCAUCAAAGGUGUUGCUACUGGGGUCUUCCAAGGCACCGUCACGGACCACAGCGAAUCCGACAGGGCCGUAUCUCUCCGAGUAAUUCUCGUGCCUGGGCUGGGGACCCAUCUCUUGUCCGUGGGCGCUGCCGUGCUCAAAGGGGUGACAGCGAUGUUCCAUCCGGCCAACCCAAGGUUGGAUUCGGUAGAUGGCUCAUGCACUGUACCGAUGACCUCUCAUGGGGUGGACAAGACCGUUAAACUGAUUUGCACCGUCCAGAUCAAACUCAGGGGCGGCGCUGGGGGAAUGAUCGAGAACGGACCCGGCGGCCUAGCCCUGAAGGUAGAGUCGGCCAACCUGUGGCACAGACGCAUGAGCCAUAUCAACAGCAAGAGUUUGGACAUCUUGAGGAAGGCACCCAACAACGGCGUCGACCACACCGGAGACAUCAAGGAUUGCGGUCCCUGCGCGCUCGACUCUCUCGCCCUGUUUCUGAAAGAAACCGUGAUUCCUCUCGGGGAGCGUAUCUACAUCCUCCGCGGGGAUCAGGGCACGGAGCUCAAGAACGCGGAGUUCAUCCAGUUCUGUCAGGACUCCGGCAUCAAACUGGAGUUUGCCUAUCCAAACACCCCGCAACAGAUCGGACCGAACGAGCGUGCGGGGCGGACGAUUCUAAACAUCGUGCGCUGCCUUCUCGCUGACUCGACUCUACCGAACUUCCUUUGGGGGGAGCUAAUACAUGCGGCUGUCAACCUGAGCAACCGGACUCCUCACGCAGCUCUGCAAAACGGGACGCCGUACAAGGCGCUCUGCGGCAAGGACGGCUGCCUUGGGCACCUUAGGGCGAUAGGGUCGAGGGAGCUCGUGCACGAAGAGACUCACACCAAGGAGCUGGAGUACCGCGCUUGGGAAGGGCGGCUCGUUGGACCACCGAUCGCGGCCUUGGACUUCGUUCUGCUGAUUCCCCUCUCGAUUCUGGAGCAUCUGGUGAUUCUGGAGACCAUUCGAGAGCGGGACGCCAAAGCACCGACGCCUCGGCAGAAAACCCGGGGCUACAUGGGUAUUUCCCCCCCCCUCCGAAUGGUCAAGAAACAUUUGUUUGACGUGGUGGAAGUAGUGGUGAAAACGGAGUUCGAGGAAAGCCUAUGGCUUAAGAUACCUGGGGAGCGGGGUGAGAAAGAUUUGUUUCUAGGGAACGUAUACGUCCCACCGUCGUCGAAGUAUGUGGCAAGCAAGGCGCAGAAGAACUUUGGACAAAUUGGGGACGAUGCCCAGAGGUUCAGUAGGAAGGUCAUGGUGGGCGAUUUCAAAUCCAGAGCAGGGAAAGCUUCCAGUAGAGGACAGGCGAUCGGGCAGCACAGAGAAGACAAAGUGAAUGACAACGGAGUGAGGAUGCUUGAAUUCUUGGGAAGCAUCGAGCUGAUGGUGUUGAACGGUAGCAGGGAAUGCGCCAAGCCGGAGUUCACCAGGCAACGGGCAGUUUGCAAUGAAUACUCGAUCCUCGAAUACAUCCUGGUAGAUAGGGGGAGCAUACGGAUCCCAGAGCUGGACGGCCAAGAGAAAACAGGUGAAGGGACUAAUGAAAAAGAAGAAAAAGUGUAUUUGGGACGAAGUAGUGCCAACGGAGGCCUGGAGGGAAACGUGAAGCAGAUGUCGGAAGGGAUUUGUGGAAUGGUGAAAAAGCCCCAAGCACGAGGGGGAUACAGGGGUAGCAACUUUGCGAGGUGUGAACGGUGGUGUCCGCAAGAAGAGGGGGUGCGUAGAGACCACGUAUUCACGGUAGGGAGAAUCAUCCAAGGUAGAAUGAGGGCGGGCAAGCUGACGCACUGCUUCUUCCUGGACGCGAAAAAGGCAUACUACACCGUAUGGAGAAAUGGGUUUUUGAAACAACUGUCCAAAUACGGGAUCAAGGGGAAAAUGUGGAGAGUGCUGAAGAAGAUGACAGAGUGUACGAAAAGCGCGGUCAUGCUAGACGGAGAACUGUCAAAAUUCUUCGACAUUGAGCAGGGGGUCCCACAAGGUUGCACGCUGUCCCCAACAUUGUUCCAGGUGUUCAUCAACGAUCUGUUGGAAGUCGUAGAGGCAGUCCGGAAGGGAGUAAAAGUAGGGGACACGGAAACGUCGGUUUCAGGAAUGCUGUUUGCGGAUGAUUUUGUCGGUAUGUCGGACACCCCUGAGGGACUGCAACUGCAAAUUGACGCGGCGAAGAAGUUUACUGAUAAGUGGAGAUUGUCUGCCAACGUUAAGAAGAGUGCCGUCAUGGUAUGCAACGAGAACAAAGAGGAACCAGAAGCACAUAGAU